GUAUUUGUUUUCUGAGAGAGGACAAAAAGAAGUUCAUCGCUUCAUCUCCUCUCAGAUAGAAUAAGAAACCCUAAUUCCUUUUCUAUCAUUUCCUCUCAGAACAAAGAAGAUCUGAUCUGAUUAUUUUGAAGAAAUGGCGAUGGCUGCACUUAGAAGAGAAGGAAAACGUUUAGCACCUUUGAUCUCUCCUAGAUCCAUCGAUACUGCUCUUACCAGAUCUUCACUCAUUUCUGAGGAGCUGGCCCCCUUUGGAGCCCGUUCUAUUUCAACUCAAAUAGUCAGAAAUCGGAUGAAGAGUGUUAAGAACAUCCAGAAAAUCACCAAGGCAAUGAAGAUGGUUGCAGCCUCAAAGUUACGAGCAAUUCAAGUUAAAGCAGAAAAUUCACGUGGCCUCUGGCAGCCAUUUACUGCACUUCUUGGAGAUUCUUCCACCGUUGACGUGAAGAAGAAUGUGAUUGUCACUGUUUCUUCCGACAAAGGUCUUUGUGGUGGAAUCAAUUCCACAUCCGUCAAAGUGAGCAAAGGAAUUUACAGGAUGAAUGCUGGUCCUGAUAAAGAAUCAAAAUACGUUGUUGUGGGAGAGAAGGCGAAGGCCCAACUCAUCCGUGACUCGAAGAAUGAUAUUGAUUUAUCAAUAUCUGAGUUGCAGAAAAACCCUCUAAAUUACACCCAGGUUUCUGUUCUUGCAGAUGACAUUUUAAAGAAUGUCGAGUACGAUGCAUUGAGAAUUGUUUUUAACAAGUUUCAAUCAGUUGUAGCUUUUAUCCCAACAAUGGCUACUGUUUUAUCUCCCGAGAUUGUGGAAAGAGAGGCUGCAUCCGGAGGCUUACUUGGAGCUCUGGAUUCCUAUGAAAUUGAAGGCGGUGAUACAAAAGCAGAAGUGCUUAUGAAUCUCACCGAGUUCCAAUUUUCUUGUACACUAUUUAAUGCAGUCUUAGAGAACGCCUGCAGUGAGCAAGGGGCAAGGAUGUCUGCCAUGGACAGUUCCAGCAGGAAUGCUGGAGACAUGCUUGAUCGUCUGACUCUUACCUAUAACAGAACCCGUCAAGCAUCAAUCACUACUGAACUUAUUGAGAUUAUUUCUGGAGCGUCAGCAUUGACAGGCUAAUUCUUCAAACCGCUGUUUGCCCACCUGAGAGAAUUUGAAAAUAAAGGUGUACUCCAGAUUUUUUCUUCUCACCACCUAUCACGGUGGUUGUUUUGCUGACAGUUGGUACUUUUUUUUGUCUGAUGGUGGAGGUAUACUCCAAUAAUAUCCCAAAAUUUCAUCUGAAUUCUUGGGAGCUUUUAGGUUCUCCUGUCUGUUUUUUUUUUUGAUUAGUAGACUCCGUCAUUUUGGUAAAUGAGUAGUUUAAUCAAUGGAGUCUACUUUCUGUUCUCCUUUUGCUGUGAAAAAGAAAAUUAUUAGAUUUGCAAGGCGGAGGUAAUUCAACAGAUCAACAUAGUAAUGAUCCAUUUGUAGUUGUUUUGAGUAGUAUGGGCCUUCCACUGUAAAGGAUCUCAACAGAAACUACUGUUAAAAGUUACAACUCCUUAGCAAAUCCAAACCAAUAGCCCUUGUUAUUA